AUGUCUUCAAUCAGCAUUCCUACCAAGUCAACCAUUCGUCUCCCUAAGGCCUCCAACAUUCGGACUAUGAGUCCUGUGCCCGUUUACGACGUAAUCAAUUUCUCCGAUUCCCGAACUGAAAAGCUCGGAGAAUUGCUUGCAAAAGGCCAUGAUACCGUGGCUCCGCUCCGAGAUCCCAAAUUGAUUCUCCAUAGCCAUCUGCCACAUUUCCUAGGUUCCGCGUAUGCCCUCGGUGCGGACAAAGAUCAGUUAGUCCGCAGUUACGAACAUGAAAUUACUCAGUUGGUGCCUAUUGGCCGAGGCUUCAUCCGUGGCGACGCAAUUUCUAGGGAUAAUUGGAGGAAUUUUCUUGCUCAGAAAGAGUACACUGUUGCCUAUGUUGAUUUCUUUGACUGCCAAGUCAAGGAACAUGAGGGCGCCUGGACAAAGGUUCUGGAAGAAUACUUGUAUUCGGGCGCUGAGCCUCUGAUCAAUGGGUUUACUGGAGGCCUUGGCCACCCCUUUAUUCAUUUAGCAUAUGCAUACGAAUUCGCCAGCCCGCAGGUAGCAACCCAAGCCCUCAGUCAAGGGUGCACUGAAUAUAACCCACUGCAUACCCUACUUGACCACCCAUCCGUGGACAACUCAACGUACAAAACCACCUCGCUGUCUGAAGUGAUCGAGCGUGUCCGGAAGGACUCGCGCUUUGACUCAGUUCUCUCGGAGCCUGGGAUACUUAACCUUGAUAUCCUUACGCAGCGGCAACACCUUGACGUCGUACGGGAGCACUGGAAUGCUUGGCAAGUGGUUGACCCUAUACGCCAAUUUGAGGAGUGCUGCGAUCUAGCAGUUCUUAUUGCACUCAGUAACGGCGACAUGGAAAGAUCUUUCGACUUUUAUAACGCUCAUAUAUUGACGGUUGCGCACGCACUUCGUGUCCUAUGGACUUAUCUCCCGCCCAAGCAUCUGGCGACUGUCUUAAAGCAGUACGUACUUUUUGUGAUCUUGACGUAUGUGUCGCAGCUACGACCGAAUUUCGGAAUUGAGGUUUUGGAGGAAGUUACGCUAGAUGGGCGAGGUUGGGACUGGGUUAUUAAUACCGCGCUGAAUAGCAAGUGGGCACUCGAUGUGCACUUUUUCAAAGUCGUGCGAGCUCCAAAGGUGUUUGAGGAGACAUUUGGACGGAAAGAGGAUAUAUAUUUGAAAGCAGCCAUUAAAUAUGUUACUGAAUUCCGUGGUUGGGAGGGAUAUGGUUCAGGCAUUGAGGGUUUCGUACCUAGUCGUGAUGGAUGGAUGCCGGAAUAA